AAAGACUAUACUCGUAAGUCGUAACUGUAAACUGAUUACUGAUAUUUAGCUGUUACAUGUUAGAGUUAUAAUACUGAACUGUAAUAACUAAAAUUGCAAUUUGUGUUUUUAUGUAAAUAAUACGUGUUAAUUGGCUCUGACUUUCAUUAAUUUUCUUUGUGGUAUUUCUGACAAUACACACACAGAUUUCGUAGUAAAAGUUACAACCUGUGUUUUGUUACAAAGCAAUCGUUAUACCUAGGGAAAUAUACUUUGUAUCUCGUAAGGCAGGAAGAUGAUUCAACCAGACUACCCAUCAGCAAUGGGUCUAUUGUCCCAUUUAAACUCUGAUGAGCUUAAAGAAAUGCUAAAUGAUGAUGCAAAGUUUGAUGUAGUACUCAAAGAUGUGAAACAGAUUAAAGAUUGGGAUACGGAAAAGGAAACCAUAAUAGUUAGUAACAGAUCUAUAGCAGAAUAUAACUUAAGUAAAGAACCAGAACUAGAAGGACUAAAAGCAGAGGUUCAAGAAAAAUCAGGAAUUGGAGAAAAUCUUUGUAGCCGAAUUCAGGAAUUACUUGAUGAAUAUAAAACAAAAUCAGCUGGAAUAUCACCUGAUACUACACUGGCAUUAUUACAAACAGCUGCAGCAGAAACCGAGGAACAGUCUGAAAAUAUUGCACAAGACUUCCUAACAGGCAAGAUUGAUGUUGAAAAAUUUCUUGAAGACUUUGAACCAAUACGGAAGUCAAUGCAUUUAAGGAAAUUCAAAGCAGAAAAGAUGGGUGACUUACUGCGGUCUGGUCAGAGUUCUUAUGGUAAUGAUGUAUUAAAACCUUAUUUGCCAUAUCCAAGCUAUGGUACACAAGGUGUACCAAAUGUCCCUUAUCCGAUGGGUCCCUUAAACAUGCCUAUGCCUGGCAUGUAUGGUAACCAUUUUUGAGAGAUACUAUGUUCAAUGUAGCUCCAAAAAUUAUGCAGAAUCAAUUGGAUUAUCUAGAAAAAGAUAACCAUGUGGCCAUAUUUAUUUAAAAAUUAUUACACUGUAUAAAUGCUUCAGAGAGAAUACAUAAUUUUCUAAGUCACAAAUUUUUAAAUGCACUCUAUUCUUUAUUAGCAAAAACUAGAUUUAUUUCAACUGUUUCCAGCUCAAGUAAUACAGUGUAAAUUUCAUUUUAUAACUGUCCAUUUGAUAUUGGUGCUUGUAAAUAGGUGAUCAUUUACUCAAUUCAUAGUUAAGGAAAGUAUAUCUGAUGGAAAUAAAUAAAUUUUAAUUAUGUAAGUAAUUGUUAUAUAUAAUGAUUUUAACAUUGU